AUGUCAGAUGCCACAGCAUUGGUCAUUCGGCCGUUUGACGCCAGCAGCGGCUCUGCGGAUGUGUUCGCGCUCAUGCGCAUCGACGCGCAGGGCGAGCUGGAGGAUCACCACGUCUUCUACGGGCCUCACUGGUGGAAGGGCUUCCCGAGCGACCCGGCGGCCUGGCCCUCGUGGCCGAGGCGCGUGCGCCAGACCGGGCCGCCGAGGUUGCCGGCUUCGCCGCCCUGGACCUCGCGGAGGUCCCGGCCUGCCUUGCGUGGCUCUACGUGGACCCCCGCUGGCGGCGCCGGGGCGCCGCGCGGGCGCUGCUCGGCAGGUGCCUGGCCGCCGCCGGAGAGGCGCGAGCGGCGCGCGGCGCCGGCGCCCGGGGCCGGCGCGUGCGGCUCCACGUCGAGGUGA